GAUCUGGGAUAUUUGGCUGGGCCCUUUCGCCCCUCGUUGGAUGAAACCUUUACGCCCUGGAUGGAAUGUUGGGAACGUGUUCUUUCGACUCUUACACGUUAACUAUGAACCACAAGAGCUACAUCCUUGCGUCCUGUUUCUUCCAGUUUGGCGGUCCCAUUAUUGUCAUUGUCGGUUGUUAUUUAUUCAUCGUCAAGGCCGUGUUCCAUCACGAAGAAGAAUUGCGCCAACAAGCCAAAAAGAUGAAUGUAACUUCGCUGAGGAACAACGCGGAGCAAGACGCCGUUACGGCCGAAAUGCGCAUCGCCAAGAUCGCCAUCAUCAACAUCACGCUGUGGUUUUUCGCCUGGACUCCAUUCACCGUUAUUUGCAUUUUAGGUACAUGGGGUAGUCCGACUUACAUCACCGCACUGGUCUCGGAAAUUCCUAUUGUCUGCGCCAAAACUUCUGCCGUCUACAACCCAAUCAUCUACGCCCUGUCCCAUCCAAAGUACCGCGAAUGUUUAAAGGAAAUCUGUCCGUGGCUUUGCAUCGUCGUCGAAAAGAAGAAAGGAGCGAACAGUUCGUCCGACGACGCAUCCGUCAAUACCCGUGCUACUGCAUCAUCUUAAGUUCAAAAUAAUAAUUUCGCUCCUUUCCAGCUCUCCUAUGUGUAAUUUCAUUUUCCCUUCCCAAUUAGAAAAUCAUUUUACACUGAUAUUACUGAUCAUUACUACCCUCCCAAAACAAAAUUCGUUUCAUCGAACUGGACAUCUGCUCUCAACACGGCUGACGAUUUCUGAAUUCAGAGAGAUAAAAUUGCCAAAGCUUUUAUCUCCUCGAUAACUCGAUCAUUUUAAAAACAAGCAUAUUUUACCCAGCAUUUAAGAAAAAUUGACUAAGCUCUAAGUAGCAAUCAAAUGUAGUGCCAUUAGGACAACUUUCCAUCAACAGCAUGUAACAAUUAGAUAGUCUAUAUUUGAUAGGCCUACAAUACACUUCGAUUAACAAUAGCAUCGUUGAUAAAUGUUUCGGAACUUCAUGCGCAUGAUGUGUAUUUAUACCAGUAUGUAUAUCUGAAUUGCAAUAUUAUUACAUCU